UUAGGUGAAGUUUUUAAUGUAUAUGUAAUUAUUGUGAGGGGUUGUUUGAGUACUUGGUCCUCAGUGACCCAUCAUGGCGGCGCCUCAACCAACACAAGUCUGCCGCGGCAUCAUCAAGCAGGUCCUGUCCGGUGAUGCUGUCAUCGUGCGGGGUCAGCCCAAGGGGGGGCCGCCCCCCGAGAGGCAGAUCAACUUCUCCAAUGUUGUGGCACCGCGGACGGCACGCAGGGCCACCAAUAACAUGCAGGAGACGGUUGAUGAGCCCUAUGGAUGGGAGAGCCGGGAGUUUCUACGCAAGAAGGUGAUCGGCAAGGAGGUGCUCUUCACUGUGGAGACAAAAACUGCCACCGGGAGGGAGUAUGGCACCGUCUACGUGGGAAAGGACAUAUCAACUGGCGAGAACCUGACGGAGGUGAUGGUUUCUGAGGGCCUGGUUUCGGUGCGGCGGGAGAGCAUCCGUGGCGAGUCCAAGCUUGUUGAACUGGAGGAGCAGGCAAAGUCCCAGGGCAAGGGCAAGUGGGCAGGGAACGAUGCAGACCAUGUGCGUAACGUCAAGUGGGCCUGUGAGAACAUGCGUGCCUUCGUGGACAAGGCAAAGGGCCGGCCAUUUGAAGCAGUGAUAGAGCACGUGAGGGACGGCUCCACCGUGCGCUGCUUCCUGAUGCCAGACUUCCACUACAUCACCCUCAUGAUCAGUGGCAUCAGGUGUCCAAUGAAUAAGCUGGACUCUGAGGGCAAGCUGGACAAGGGCAACAGUGAGCCUUUUGCCGAUGAGGCGCGCUACUUCACCGAGUCCCGGCUGCUGCAGCGCGACGUGCAGAUCAUCCUGGAGACCUUCAACAACAACAACUUUGUCGGCUCUGUCGUUCACAAGAAAGGCAACAUUGCCGAGGCGCUUCUGAGGGAAGGCUUUGCACGCUGCGUCGACUGGUCCAUCGCAACAGUGACGGGCGGGCCUGAGAAGCUGAGGGGUGCUGAGAAGGUGGCCAAGGAGAAGCAACUAAGGCUGUGGCAGGACUACAAGCCUUCCAGUCUGUCUUUGGCAGACAAAGACAAGGAGUUUACAGGCAAGGUUGUGGAGGUGGUGAACGGUGAUGCUUUGGUGGUGAAACGCCAGGACAACACCAACAAGAAGAUAUUCCUCUCCAGCAUCCGGCCACCCAGGCAAGCAGAGUCCGAGGCGCCGCGUCCUCCCGGCAAGAACUACCGUCCACUCUACGACAUCCCUUGGCUGUUUGAGGCGAGGGAGUUCCUGCGCAAGAAGCUGAUCGGCCAGAAGGUGCUCUGCUCCGUCGACUACAUCCAGCCCGCACAGAACAACUUCCCCGAGAAGACAUGCUGCACUGUCAGGAUUGGCGACGUGAACGUGGCCGAGGCUAUGGUGAGCAAGGGCCUGGCGACGGUCAUCAGGUACAGGCAGGACGAUGACCAGCGCGCCAGCUGCUACGAUGACCUGCUCUCCGCUGAGGCAAAGGCCACCAAGUCCAACAAGGGCCUCCACAACAAGAAGGAGACGCCCAUACACAGGGUGGCAGAUCUCUCCAGCGACGUGGGCAAGGCCAAGGGGUUCCUGCCAUUCCUGCAGCGCGCCGGACGGACGGAAGCCGUGGUGGAGUUUGUGGCAUCAGGGUCGAGGGUGCGCCUCUUCAUCCCCCGAGAGACUUGCCUCAUCACCUUCCUCCUGGCCGGCAUCAGCUGUCCCCGCGCCACCCGGCCGGCUCCCGGGGGAGUUGGGGGAAUGCUGCCCGGGGAGCCCUAUGGCGAAGAUGCCCACGCCUUCACCAAGAACCUGGUGCUGCAGCGCGAGGUGGAGAUAGAGGUUGACUCCAUGGACAAGGGCGGCAACUUCAUUGGCUGGCUGCACGUGGACAGCAAGAACCUGUCGGUGCUGCUGGUGGAGGAGGGGCUCAGCACGGUUCACUUCACGGCAGAGUCCUCCAAGUUCUACCAGCAGCUGACCUCGGCACAGGAGUCUGCCAAGGCCAAGAACCUCAACUACUGGUCCACCCACGUCGAGGAGGAGAAGGAUGAGAAGCCUGAGGACCAAGCCAGUGAGCGCAAGGUGGACUACAAGCCAGUGGUGAUAACGGCCGUGACGAGGGAAGGCACGCUCUGCGGCCAGUACUGCUCCGACGGCCCAGCCCUUGAGCAGCUCAUGGAGAAGCUACGAGCAGAGUUUGCCAGCAAGCCUCCCCUGGGUGGUGCCUACACUCCCAAGAAAGGCGACCUGUGUGCUGCCCAGUUUGUGGACGGCCAGUGGUACCGUGCCAAGGUGGAGCGUGUCACUGGCCCCAACGUGUCAGUUCGGUACGUCGAUUACGGGAACCGGGAGGUGACCCAGUCAACCAAGUGCGCCUCCCUGCCGGCUGGUUUCUCCUCGCAGCCGUAUUAUGCCCAUGAAAUGCGUUUGGCACUCGUCAAAUUCAGCAAAGACGAGGACUAUGUGGAGGAUGCCCUGGCUGGCCUGAUGGCAGAGGUGGAGGGGCAGGAUGUGGUGGCC